AUGGCAGCAUUAGCAGUAAAAUCCAAGGAUAGUUUGGUUGACGGAAGCACACGAGCACUGACCCCCCCUUCUCUAUUACUGUAUGCUUUGAGCAUCGAUUGUGAUUCACGACUUAAGUAUUUCAAAAGCAUAAGCAAAAGAAAAAAAAAUGCUUUGUUGAGACAGCAGGGUCCACCAGCCUUGCUUGAGAGGUAUGCGCACAUGUGCCUUACAAUUAUUGAAUUGGCAAUUGACAUGGGUCAAAUGUGGGACUUCAGUAUGCCCUAA